AUGGUCAACUACUUAGCCAAGUUCGCGUCCAGCCUCUCCAAUGCUAAUGCACCCCUGCGUCAACUGCUAGAGCAGUCCAGGGCCAGUGCAGUGUUCACCCAGCAGCCCACAGACUUGGUGGUGGUGGCAGGUCAGCCGGUGACCCUGCCCUGCUCCAUCCCUGGUUACCACGGCAUGGUGCUCUGGCUCAGAGACGGCAUGGCCCUGGGGGUCAACAGGGACCUCUCAGGCUACCCACGCUAUGACAUUGUUGGAGACCACAGCAAGGGAGAAUACCACCUCUUGAUUCAGAGAACCGAAAUGCAGGACGAUGCCUUCUUUGAGUGCCAGGCCAUCCAGGCAGCUAUCAGAACACGCCCCGCCCGACUGACUGUGCUCGUUCCCCCUGAUGACCCUGUGAUUGUUGGGGCGCCUGUGGUGAGCCUAAGGGCCGGCGACCCCCUCAACCUGACGUGCCACGCCGACAAUGCCAAGCCUGCCGCCUCCAUCAUCUGGAUCCGCAACGGGCAGGUCCUGAAUGGCGCCAUGUACUCUAAGACACUGUUGCGGGACGAGCGAAGGGAGAGUACAGUCAGCUCACUCUACCUCUCUGCCUCCAACAUCGAGACAGGCCAACAAAUCACCUGUCGGGCCUCAAACAAGGCCUUGCCCAAUGGGAAAGAUGCCAUUGUCACCAUCGAUAUCCAACACCUGCCCCUGGUCAACCUAUCUGUGGAGCCCCAGCCCAUAAUGGAGGGCAAUCUGGUAAAGUUCCACUGCUCUGCCAAAGCUAACCCACCAGUCAUCCACUACAGAUGGGCCAAAGGGGGCAGCGUCAUCAGACAGGUGUCAGGUGACACCUAUGAGGUCAUCGUGGACCACUCGUUCUUCACAGAGCCCGUCUCCUGUGAGGUCACCAAUGCGCUGGGCAGCACCAACAUCAGCAGGAACGUGGAUGUCUACUAUGGGCCCAGAAUGGCUGCUGAGCCACAGUCCCUACAGGUGGACCAGGGAUCAGAUGCUAUCUUCAACUGUGCCUGGACAGGAAACCCCUCCCUCACCAUUGUGUGGAUGAAACGUGGCUCUGGAGUGGUGCUUAGCAAUGACAACAUCCUGACGCUCAAGGCGGUGAGGCAGGAUGAUGCUGGGAAGUACGUAUGCCGGGCGGUGGUCCCCCGAGUUGGAGCUGGAGAAAAGGAAGUGUCCCUCACUGUGAAUGGUCCUCCCACUAUCUCCAGCACCCAGACCCAGCAAGCCCUCUAUGGGGAGAAGGGGCAGAUCAAGUGUUUCAUCCGCAGCACUCCUCCUCCCGACCGCAUUGCCUGGUCGUGGAAGGAGACCGUCUUGGAGUCAGGGACGUCUGGCCGAUACACCGUGGAGACGGUGAGCACCGAGGAGGGGGUCAUCUCCACCCUCACCAUGAGUAACAUCGUCCCUGCUGACUUCCAGACCAUCUACAACUGCACUGCCUGGAACAGCUUUGGGUCUGACACAGAGAUCAUUACACUGAAGGAACAAGAGUCCCUCCGAUUGGCUGUAAUCAUAGGAGUGGCUGUGGGGGCCUUCCUUGCCCUCAUUGUUCUCAUGGGCACAUUGGGUGCCUUCUGCUGUGCCCGCUUCCAGAGGAAUCUCAAGGGAGUGGUUUUGGCAAAAAACGACAUCCGGGUGGAGAUUGUUCACAAGGAUCACAACGCAGCUCGGGAAACAGAGGAGCAUACAGCCAUCAAGCAGAUAAUGAUUGAGCGAGGGGAGUUCCAGGCGCAGGAGUCUGUGCUGAAGCAGCUGGAGGUCCUACAAGAGGAAGAGAAGGAGUUCCAGCACAUUAAGGAUCCAACCAAUGGCUAUUACAGUGUCAAUACCUUCAAGGAGCACCAUGGCACCCCGACUAUGUCAAUGGCCGCCAACCAGACCAGCGGCGCUGAGGUCAGGAACCCAUUGGCUUCUUCUUCAUCCACCAUGGGAAAGCAGCGUGUGCCUACGGGCAUGUCCUUCACAAACAUCUACAACACGCUAGGUGCUGGGCCCAACCGCCUGUACGACUACAGCCAGCGCUUCGUGCUUGGCAUGGGCAGCAGCUCUAUCGAGUUGUGCGAGCGCGAGUUCCAGCGGGGCUCACUUAGUGACUCCAACUCCUUCAUCGACACGCAGUGUGACAGCAGCGUGAGCAGCUACAGCAAGCAGGACGGCUACGUGCAGUUUGACAAGGACAGCAAGGCCUCGGCUGCCUCCUCAUCUUCCCACUACUCGCAGUCGUCCUCGCAGAACUCAGACCAGACGCGGCCGCUGCAGAAACGCAUGCAGACCCAUGUGUAA